AUGGCGGCCUCGGAAGCCGGACGUCGGAGCUGGUGCUUGCGCCCGGAGAUGCCGUCCGCCACCUUCUUCACGGUGCUGAUCUCGCUCCUGGUGUCCGGGCCCCGCAUGCUCCUGCUCCUGGAGCAGCCGACCCUGCCGCCCUCCGGCCUGGCUCUGCGGUCCGAUUACCUGCACGGCUGGCAAGCCACUAUGGAAGGAGAGGUCAGGAUUACAGCCGAGGAGACUGGCAUACAGAGUGUUAAGGGACACCCACUCAAUCCACCCUGA